AUGUUCCAGGUAUUUUUUGUUGUUGUUUGUCCCUUUCACAAAGGGAUAAGAUCUGUUGUUCAGGUUGCUUUCCCUGAGGAGUAUCUUCUCUAUGAGAAGGCUUUUCAGGCUGGUGUAUGGGAGCCAGCUCAUCCAGGUCCUUGGCUGGGGAGGGCUGUGGUAUGGAAACUACAAGUGGGGCCGCACAGGGAUGGAUUGGAUGCAGGCCCUGCUUGUAUUUUCAAUUGCGGGCACUAUACUGGAGGGGAGGCUAUUCUCAUUGACCUGGAGGCCAAGCUCAGGUAUGCUAAGCCAGGAGAUGUCAUCAUCUUCUUUGCUGGGGCUGUCUACCAUGCAGUAGCACCUUGGCUUCCAGCCCCAGUCCUGGAUUUGCGCCUCCAAAAAGCCCACAUAACUGCUGGAAGAGUUUCCCACGUGCUAUUUUCUCCUCAUGCCACAGUGCAGCGUUUGCAUGACAAACCAUACUUGUGGUGGAAAUUGACAUGUGAUGGCAAAUAUCCCUAUAUUCCUCCCAAGCAGACUUGA